AUGACUCCUUUAUCCAGCCGUGAUAGAAGGUACUUGAAGAGCUAUAUUUGUGUAGGAGUCGUAAGGAAGAUCAAGACAAUUAAAUUUUGUUGGUCUAGGGCUGCUAUUAGCCCAUGUGACGCUGCCCUAGCUUAUGUCUCAGAGAAGAAUAUCAGCAGAUUUCAGCAGAGAAAUAAUCACUUGACUGCUGUGAAGGGUACUAGGGCUAAAGCUGUUGAGAAUUUCUAUGAUUGGUAUCCUUACGGGAGUUAUAAGGCACCGAGACCAGCGUUGGCUCCAAUAAUGAGGCAAUUGAAUCAUGCCUUGCAGGUCACGUUGAGAAAGGCACAAGUAUUGCUGCGCCAUUGCACGGCCGGUAUCUGUUGUAAGCCGUGUCGGCUGAUCUGGGCUGAUGGGAGGAUCACCUUGCUCGGAGGCGGCCAUGAGUUUGGCCGCGAGGCUUCAAUUGCCGAGUGCGGCAAUUCCCAAGGCCGCAUGAAGGGCCGCAUUGAGUUUUGA